AUGGUCUGGGCGCUGACCCCCGUCGACACAGCGCGCGGGACGCAGAAGCGUUACAUCUUCGCCGCCGGGACGUACAAGGUCGGCCGCAAAGAUUGUGAUAUCAUUGUUCAAACUGACACAUCUAUAUCCCGAGUCCAUGCGGAGAUUGCAAUUGAAAAGAUGGUUGCCUGGGAUCCGCAUUCUGGUGCACCUGCCUGUCCAUCAUUUGUUCGUGUAAUCGACCGAUCAAAGUAUGGCACAUUUGUCAACAAAGUACAUGGAACCCAGGGCAGUCGCCUGCAUAAAGAUGAAGAUAUGAUGCUUACUGAUGGGGAUGCUGUGACUUUUGGAACUGGUAAUGCGACCUUCAGGUUGUCAUUUGUUCCAAUAGUGGCCUAUUUUCAUGGUGGAAAGUCGGCACGAAUUGAUCCAUCAUUACAUGCAGUCAUGAAAUCUAUUGGUGCAUAUGCUACUCGUAAGUGGAGCAAUGAAUGUACGCAUGUUCUUGUUGAUGAAUCAUGUUCGUUGACACCUGAGCUCCUCGAUGCAGUUAUGGCAAAGAAGCAGAUCGUGUUGGGAGACUGGUUUAAGGCAAUGGCUGAAAAGAACAUACACACAGAGAUCCCUUCUUGCACACAAUACAUUCCAAACUUGGCUCUUGAUGGGAUGGUGAUCAAGAUGGUGGAUAUCAACGCCAUUCAGAAUUGCCUAGCAGGCUAUACUUUUAUCCUGGGGUCAUCAGAUAAAUAUCAAUUUGGUGAGAAGCUCCCUGGAUUACUGGAAUCAACUGGAGCAAAAUACCUCCACAUUGAUGACUUUUGUGCAAACAGCCAGGACUCAGCAGCUGGAGAUACUGAUCAACAAAUUCUUGUAGUUCCUGCAAGAUAUCCUUUGGAAUUCAGCAAGAUACGUGGGUUAUUUACUUUGUCAAAGAUCAGUGAUGUUAAGCUAUUUGCUGCUACAUUAUCUGGCUGCUUGGAAGCAACUUCUAUUGAACCACCUGCUUUCAUCAUUACAUCCUCGAAUUCCACGGAUGACACUAUUGUGGCGGAUUCGGAUGUUGAAAUGGAGACAGCAACUUCUAAUCCUACUGGUGUUGCUAACAAGUCUCAACAUCACAUUGAGAAUAUCUCUGAUGACGAAAAGGAAAUCACAAAUAUAACCAAUGAAGUUGCUGUAAGUAUCAGUGCAACAAAGGGUAAUGUUAUUCACCCAAAAUACCCAGAGAAAGUUGAAGAUUUGAAACCUAUUGAGGAGGAUGUGAAGGUCAUAGAGAAAACAGCAAUGUAUAGGUCCACAGCCAGAGAUGAGGAUGCUCACAUUUUCAACAAGGCACCAAAGGAUGAGAAUUUGGACACCAGCAGGGAUGGGACUUCUGAUGUCAUAUUUAGUCAGAAUCUGGUUGUCAGAAGCUUCCCUCAGUCAGCUCCUGCUACACCAACAGAAGUUGGAGGUGUUAACUUCAAACGUUUCAGGAAGAGGGAAACAGUGUCUGGAAACAGCUUCAAGGACCUUGUUCCAUUUGCGCGGGAACCAUACAGAGAAUCUGACUACGAACGUGGCACAUUGACCGAUUUCAUGCGGGAGGAGAAGCAGCGGAAACAAAUGGAAGCCAUUGCAGAUGACCUCUUCAACAAUGCAAAGUCGAAGAAAAGAGCAGCUGCUGGAAGUUCGAUUCACACCCUACUUACCGGCUACAGAUGA